AUUGAGUAACAUAAAUAGCAGGCAUGAGUGAAGGGAGAACGGGAGUACUAAGAGCGCACAGAUUUCAAACAUACUUGGCUAGGUAGUGCACUCACUCCUCAGCGCUGCCUGUCCAGAUGCACAACGCAGACCUCGCACAGCCUAUCCACAAAGAAGGAUUUGCAAUUUAAAAAAAAAAAUAAUUCCUGUCUUGAAUCCUUUCUAAAAAAACAAGCAGAUUUGUUUGUUCUUUCCUGUAGGAAACUUCAUCAACUGGAUUUAACAGCCAGUGCAGAAACUGGGAUUCAUCCUGCAGGUUCGCAGUCAAGUGUUCCUUCUCCUUCCACAUAUGAAAACCUGCUAAGAAAUGGUUAUGAUCCUCCCCACUGCCCAACUUUCCAGACCAGAAAGAACUGACCAAAGGAUGUCCAAGUUAUGAAAAGAGCAGCUGAGCAAGAAGUUCAAGAUGUCUUUAAAUGAAGAGCUGGAGAAUGGAUAUUCAACAACCACCCAGAUGGCCACAGAUACAAGUGAAGGGAGCCCAUUCAGAAUCAGCUCCAACUCUUCCUACAAUGCCAGCUGGGACAGCACACCAGCCACCAAUUCAAUGGAAGACACAAUAGCCACUUGCACCAUCGGGACUAUACUCUCUCUUAUGUGUGUGAUCGGAGUGACAGGCAAUGUCUACACCUUAGUGGUGAUGUGCCAUUACUUGAGAUACUCUGCUUCUAUGUAUAUUUAUAUCAUUAACCUUGCCUUGGCAGACCUGCUCUACCUUCUUACCAUUCCCUUCAUCGUUGGAACAUAUUUCUUUCAGGAGUGGUACUUUGCGGACAUUGGUUGCCGCAUCUUGUUCAGUCUGGAUUUCCUCACCAUGCAUGCUAGCAUCUUCACCUUGACAGUCAUGAGUACAGAGCGCUACUUUGCAGUGCUGAAGCCCCUGGACACAGUGAAGAGGUCAAAAAGCUAUCGGAAAGCCAUUGCCAUAGUCAUCUGGCUGGUGUCUCUGCUGCUUACUCUUCCCAUGCUCAUCAUGAUCCAGCUAGUGCAAAGGGACAACAAAAGUAUUUGUCUGCCCACAUGGAGCAAGCUGUCAUACAAAAUCUAUAUCACCAUCCUCUUCUGUACAAGCAUUGUGGGUCCAGGAGUGGUCAUUGGAUACCUUUACAUUAGACUAGCUAGGACUUAUUGGGUGUCCCAAACAGCCACUUUCAAACAGACCAAGCGGCUACCUAAUCAAAAAGUGCUCUAUUUAAUUUUCACAAUAGUGCUGGUCUUUUGGGCAUGCUUCUUGCCCUUCUGGAUAUGGCAGCUCCUUUUCCAAUAUUAUGAAUCCUUCCCAUUGUCUCCCAAAGCAAUGAGGAACAUUAACUAUCUGACAACGUGCCUGACAUACAGCAACAGCUGCAUUAACCCUUUCCUCUACACCCUGCUGACCAAAAACUACAAGGAAUAUCUAAGAAACAGGCAACGGUCCUUUAACAGCAGCAGCGGGUACUUCCAAAGAAGGAAUCGAUUUCAGAGGAUUUCUGGGAGAUCUCUUUCCACAAGCAGUCAGCAUUGCACAGAGACAUAUGUCCUUGCUCAUGCUUCUCUUGGAAACAACAGUGCCUGAAGGUAAAAUACACCUCCAAGAACUAUCACUAUUGACUUCUGUGUUGCUUUGAUUGAAAGUGUAUAUUGUAAAAGUAAAGUUUUAGUAGUCACAUAAUGCAGAUACAUUUAAUCCAGAGGUCGUGCCAUAACCGUCUGCACUCAUUUAUUUCUAGCGCCAUAAAUUGAUGUUGGAAGUGCUCGCCGAACAACGUAGCUUCCUGGCCUUUUGCUUUUUUUUGUUCUUUAUUUUUUAUGGUGCAUCUCUCUCCUUGAGUAAUCAUCAGUAACAAAAGCCUGUAAUAGAGAAACUUUUCUUUUAUGACAAUAGAUGCCUUGCAACAUUCAAAAUUAAGUUAUUGAAAAUAUGUCUGUCAAUUCUUUUUUUUAAUAAAUAUAUAAAAUGCCAAACUAGAAGUGAUUGGUUGUACAAGAACUGAAAAGAGUAAAAUAAAGAAAAACAGCUCAUGUU